UCUUUCUUCGCGCUAGGAAUUACGCGAGCGGAAGAGACGGAGACCUACGACGAACUUCAACGAGAUCAUCUCUUGGACAUGCGAAAAAAGUGGUAGAGAGCGACGAACACAAAAAAAAAUCUUGCCGAUAAGACGAGGUGGUGGUUAAAUAAAUUAUUUGUCUUUUGGAAAACAUGAAUCUCCGCGUGUCGUGACGAUCAAAUAAUCGCGGUGUUUACGUUUGCGAGUGUGAGAACUGGUGUUAAGAUCCGGAUGGUGCUUCGCAGUGGAUACUAAAUAUCUCGGUGGAUAUACUACUACUUAAGAGUGUAGCAUAUGGCCCUGGACUAUGGUACUACCAAUUACAAUAUGCACCACCCGAAUCAUCUAGAAGACGUGGGCUACAGAAGUGUCGAGAUCACGUCCGCCUUCACGCAUCUGCCUCAAAAGGAGAUGGCCAGGGAUACGCCGGGCUCGCCGAUGCCGCGACCGCGAGAUUUGGGCGCUGGCAAUGGGGGAGGAACGGCGACCGCCACCCUGACUUCCGGUGCUUAUCACGCCGCGGCGGCCGACACCGCCAGCUUGCACGGCCACGCGCUGCAGCAGAGGAUACUCCAGCUACAGCAGCAGCAUCACCUUCAACAGCAGAUCCUCCGGCAGCAAUACCAGGCCCAGGAACGACAAUUGACUGAAAUGCACGAGCAACAGCUGCAUCAACUCAAGCUCUGGGAGCAGAAACAGCUGGAAGAGAGGCGAGAAAAGGAGAGGCUGGAUGCUCUCAGGAAGAAGGACAAACUCGAUCACAGCGCAAACGCGUCCACCGAAGUCAAGCAACGCCUUCAGACCUUUCUGGUGAACAAGAAGCAGAGAGAGGCAGCCGCGGCGAACGGAACUGUACCUGGUACACCUGGAUACAGGAGCUGGCUGCAAUCACAAUCGGAAUCGUCCAGCACCACAAAUGCGGCGCAUCCUUACCGAAUGCCGCAGAUGCUGCAGGAGAAGUUUGGGAACGAUUUUCCGCUGAGGAAGACAGCCUCGGAGCCGAACCUGCUGAAGGUGCGACUAAAACAGCGAGUGGAGAGGAACAUGGCAGCGUCGAGAAACUCACCCCUGAUGGCACGCCGGAAGGACCGCCUGCUGUCGCACCUCAAACGGAAGUCGUUACUAGCAAAUUCCGGCAGCAAUCCCGAAUCCGGGCCUAACUCACCACCGACUGUCAACAACUCUCAAGCCAGUCCCACUGCUGGUAGCAACACGGCGAUACAGGAAGAAGGUGAAAAUCCACCAUACGGAGGACGGCUCACUAGCAGUAGUCAACAAGGCAGCCUUUCGGAUCUUUCGCUCUUCAGUUCACCGUCCAUGCCUAACAUCUCCUUGGGUAGACCCCACGUGCCGUCGAGCUCAUCGAGCGGGACAAAGCUGGCGCCGGUUUCGGAAGCGGAAGUGCGCGCCGCGUUCACGGCACGCCUCGGGAUGCCGCUGACCGGUCAGAUGCUCCACGGCACUCUACCGUUCUACCCGUCCCUGACGGUGAUCGAGGGCGAGCCGGCGUACAUCCACAAGCAGAUCCAGCAGAGCUUGCAGGAGCAAGCGGCACCGCCGCCGUCCGCGGCGGCGGUAGGCGCCGGCAGCAGGCAACAUCCGGCAGCGGCCGCGGCGGUGUACCACACCGCGGCGCCGAUCACGGAUACACAAGUAGCGCACGCGAGACUGCAUAAGGCUGGUCACCGGCCUUUAGGUAGUAGAACCCAAUCCGCGCCGCUGCCCUUGGGUCAUCCAAUGCUGCAGGGCGGCAUAAUUGCACCGACCCCUACUCAUUAUGAGGAGUAUCUCGCGGAAAAGCAGUUGCACGAUCAACAGCACGCGCACAACCUUCUGAAGCAACAGAUCCGUCAAACGGUGCUGACGCGAGUGGGCUCGCGCGGCCAGGCUAAUCAAUUAGACGAGGCGCCGGAGAUCAAAGAGUCCGAGGUGAUAGAUCUCACGGGCAAGAAGGAUCAUCCGGAAGAGAGCGAGAUCUCGAAGCAGCAGCGGGAUCGCGAACAGUUUCUGCAACAGCAGAGGGAUCUCAUGAUGAGACACACGCUGCAGACAAACGAGUCAACCGUCUAUGCCGGAAGUAGGACCUCUCAGUCGGCCAGGCCGCUCUCGAGAGCGCUUUCGAGUCCUCUAGUACACUUAGGUCCUCAGGCCAGUAGCAGCGAUAUGUUUGCGCGAGGUUCUCCGCACCGAGCCACUACUGGAUUAGCAUAUGAUCCGCUGAUGCUGAAACACGCGUGCGACUGCGGCGACACGGUCAGAAGUCAUCCUGAACACGGUGGCCGAUUACAGAGCGUGUGGGCCAGACUUUCGGAGACGGGUCUAUUGCAGCGUUGCGACCGAAUACGCUCGCGCAAAGCUUCGCUCGACGAGAUUCAAACAUGCCACAGCGAACCGCAUGCGCUCUUAUUUGGAACAAAUCCAAUGAAUCGACAAAAACUGGAAAUGUCCAAACUUGCGCAAUUGCCUAUCAAGAGCUUCGUCCGGCUUCCUUGCGGCGGAAUAGGCGUUGAUUCCGACACAACGUGGAACGAAAUCAAUACCGCACCCGCCGCUCGAAUGGCGGUAGGAUGCGUCGUCGAUCUUGCGUCGAAGACGGCGAUCGGCGAUAUUAAGAACGGUUUCGCCGUGGUGAGACCACCCGGACACCAUGCAGAGACUAACCAGGCCAUGGGUUUCUGCUUCUUCAAUUCAGUAGCGAUUGCGGCGAGGCUGCUUCAGCAGAAAUACAACAUUAGAAAAAUUUUAAUCUUAGACUGGGACGUUCAUCAUGGAAACGGCACCCAGCAAAUGUUUUACGACGACCCUCGAGUGCUGUACCUGUCGAUACACAGACACGACGACGGUAACUUCUUCCCUGGAACCGGCGGACCCACCGAGUGCGGCGCCGGCGAGGGCCUCGGCUAUAACGUGAAUGUGGCGUGGUCCGGUGGCCUGAAUCCACCCAUGGGCGACGCGGAGUAUCUCGCGGCGUUCCGCACCAUCGUCAUGCCGAUCGCCAAGGAGUUCGAUCCGACCAUCGUGAUCGUCUCGGCCGGCUUCGACGCAGCCGUGGGCCAUCCGGCGCCGCUGGGCGGCUACAAGGUCAGCCCGGCGUGCUUCGGCAGGAUGACGCAGCAAUUACUUAAUCUAGCUAACGGCAAAGUCGUCCUCGCCCUGGAAGGUGGUUACGAUCUCGCGGCGAUCUGCGACUCAGCGCAGGAGUGCGUCCGGGCACUGCUCGGCGACGAGCCCAGUCCACUUCGAGACGAAGAACUCGCGAGGAUUCCCUGUCAAAACGCCAUUGACACGUUGCAGAAGACCAUCGCCAUUCAGAUGUCACAUUGGCCUUGCGUAAAACUCGCUGCUCAUACAGUCGCAAUGAGUGCAAUAGAGGCGAGCCAAAAAGAACAUGAUGAGACAGAAACAGUGUCUGCAAUGGCCUCUCUGUCUAUGCAGCAGCCUACGAACCUCACAACCACGCCAGAACAUUCCCGAGAGGUUUCCGAGGAGCCGAUGGAGCAGGACGAGGCCAAAUGAGACACGCGAAGAUCAUUCUGCUAGAUGUAGAAAGCAUAAUUAAUUGUACGAAACUGUGUAAAUGCUCUUUGGGAUGACUAGAAGUGCAUUUCUCAGUGUAAAUCAAGGGACUAUCGUCGCGCACGGCUACUGUGACAGGUGCACGGUCAGCCGGAAAUGUUCCCACUUCGUGGGAACUUGAUCGACAAAGUGCGAAUUCAUGCACAGUCCCAAGUUUACAAUUUUUAGUUUAUUUAAAAAAAAAGGCGCAAUAGUUUGAUACAUAACGGCCAAGUAAUAAGGAAGAAGUGAUCUGUAAUAUUUCGGGAGAUUAAUGAGACAAUUUGUGAUGGUGCAUCGCAAGCUUGCGAAUUGGAUCUCCUGUUUUUUUGUUCUUGUUUUUGUGCUAACGUGAAAACAAAAAGUUGUUUACGAGUCUUGCAAAUAUUUCUAUUGUUCUUCGCGCAUUUGGAACGCGAGAUUGUUGUACAAUUACUGAAUACGGACUGCGAAUUGAAUUUGUUGUUCCGUAAAGACGUUUUUUUUUUAUUGUGAAACGCAAGGUUUGUAAUAUUUUUAAUGAAUCGCUAUUAAUACUGAUUGAAGUAAAACUUGAGCGCCCUAAAAACAGCUUUCGCCCACCAAAAUUGGAUAUCGCUUGGCAAAUUUUCGAUCCCAGUGUCUUAUCGACGAACAACGAAUGAUUUUGAGACUCUGAUAUCGAGUAAAAAUCGGAACAUUUUGCAAUGUUAUUAAGAAAAAUUAUUCUUGUCUAGGCAGUUGAAAUGAAAAAGGAGAUUUUUAGACCAAGCGCAUCGUAACUUCGGGAAUUCGGUGGAAGAUAAAUAAAAUUGUAAACACACACAUUUUCUUCGAAAACUAACGUUACAGACAUCCACCAAUACUUUGUUGAAUCGUUAUCGAUGUAUAAGUAAUGAGGCGUCGAACUUUCUCACAGCUGUAUGAAACAAGUCUGAUGCAUCGUUGUUGCCUUGGAUAAUUCGCAGGAAGAAUUAAUCAUUCGUGAUAAUUCAUGUAUAUAUUUUUGAAUGCUAAUCGCGACCUUGGGCGUCUGCUUAGAACAAAACUUUAAACGAGUCAUUGUAUUUUAAACGAAACAUUCAGGGAGACAAGUACAGGGAAUUUGAGAAAGAAACUGUGUUAAACUCAACAAACGCAUAAACUCGAAUCGUAGAGAUUCCUUUUGUAUAUGCGCCUAUCGCAUUGACGAAAGACAACACGGGGACACAUAUAGAUAAUAACAAUCAUGAAAAAUGUCAUGAUUUUUCGGUACGUACAAUCACAUCCUUUCGGAAGCGUCUUUAUUUGCAACUUUAAAUUUUUUAAAUUAGAGAAAUGUAUUACAAAUCGCGUCAAACAGAAAGCUUUAUGAUAAGAAAACACUUUAAUAUAUAUUGAAUAUUUUAUA